UCAGCUUGUUCGUCCGCGGGCCGGCGCAAGUGAGUGUCCACUCGAUCCCAGAGGUGGGAGGCAGAGAGCCUGCUUCUUCAAGGGGCUAGAGUGCAUACGAAUGGGUCAGAUGGCGGGAGAAUGGCUUUCGGACUUCAGGAUCCCUCCGCGAUUUCUCUAGCCUAAGAUUCUUACCCCACCUUGGAGAUGGGAAUCACACGAGCCCAGACUCCUACCAGCCGCCGUUGGCCUCUCUCAGCCUGUUUUCCACUUCUAUACACGGGGAAUAGUGAGACCUGCUUGGCUGUAUAUAAACCAGUGAACCUGGAAAACGAAGGCGCUGAUUGCAUGUCAGUCUCCUGCUCACCUCCUCACGUGAGAGUCCCUUGCUUCCUGGGGAGAGGACUCUGAGGAUUCCCGUGCCUGUACUGGGUCAUUUUGAAGCAGACUUCUUUUCUAUUCAGAGGAUCCCUUCUUCUGUUACCCUAGUCGGAAAGCCGAGGUUCCCCAAUCCCGGGUGCGCUUGACGCUGCCUAUCCACCGCUCUGGAAAUUUUUGUGUUAGACCUGCAGAGGCGGUGGCAAUGCUGUCGGGCACCCAAGCAGCGGCAGAGGAAUGCGAGGACGCGGAGCUGCAGUGCCGCGUGGCUGUGGAGGAGCUGAGCCCGGGCGGGCAGCCACGAAGGCGCCAGGCCCUACGCAGCGCGGAGCUGAGCCUGGGUCGGAACGAGAGCCGCGAGUUGAUGCUGAGGCUGCAGGCGCCCGGGCCCGCGGGGCGGCCGCGCUGCUUCCCCCUGCGCGCCGCGCGCCUCUUCACCCGCUUCGCCGCGGAGGGGCGUAGCACUCUGCGGCUCCCCGCCGACAGCGCUCCCCGGGCCGGCGCCGUGCAGCUGCUGCUCUCCGACUGCCCCCCAGACCGCCUGCGCCGCUUCCUGCGCACGCUGCGCCUCAAGCUGGCCGCGGACCCCGGUCCCGGGCCGGCCUCCGCCCGCACGCAGCUGCUUGGCCCGCGGCCUCGCGACUUCGUCACUAUCAGUCCCUUGCAGCCCGAGGAGCUGCGGCGCGCGGCGGCCACCCGGGUCACGGACACCACGCCAGUGAAGCGGCCCACGGAGCCCCGGUCAGAGACCAAGCCCAGCACCGAAUCCCCAAGGUGGCCCCUGCCUGUGAAGAAGCUGAGCUUGCCCUCAACCAAACCACAGCUUUCCAAGGAACAAGCUGCUGUGCUGAGGGUCGUCCUGAAAGGCCAGAGCAUUUUCUUCACAGGGAGUGCAGGGACAGGGAAGUCUUAUCUGUUGAAGCGUAUCCUGGGCUCCCUGCCUCCCACAGGCACUGUGGCCACUGCCAGCACUGGAGUGGCAGCCUGCCACAUCGGGGGUACUACCCUCCAUGCCUUUGCAGGCAUUGGCUCGGGCCAGGCUCCUCUGGCCCAGUGUGUGGCCCUGGCCCAGCGGCCAGGUGUGCGGCAGGGUUGGCUGAACUGUCAGCGGCUAGUCAUUGAUGAGAUCUCCAUGGUGGAGGCAGAUCUGUUUGACAAGCUGGAGGCCGUGGCCAGAGCUGUCCGGCAGCAGAACAAGCCAUUUGGAGGGAUCCAGCUGAUCAUCUGUGGGGACUUCCUGCAGCUGCCGCCCGUAACCAAGGGAUCCCAGCCCCCACAGUUCUGCUUCCAGGCCAAGAGCUGGAGGAGGUGUGUCCCAGUGAUCCUGGAGCUGACUGAGGUGUGGAGACAGGCAGACAAGACCUUCAUCUCUCUGCUGCAAGCUGUGCGGCUGGGCAGGUGCUCGGAUGAGGUCACCCGCCAGCUCCGGGCCACAGCUGCCCACAAAGUGGGGCGAGAUGGGAUUGUGGCCACAAGGCUCUGCACCCACCAGGAUGACGUGGCCCUUACCAAUGAGAAGCGGCUGCAGGAGCUACCAGGUGAAAUACACAGCUUUGAGGCCAUGGACAGUGACCCUGAGCAGGCCCGGACCCUGGAUGCCCAGUGUCCCGUCAGCCAGCUCCUUCAGCUAAAGCUGGGGGCACAGGUGAUGCUGGUGAAGAACUUGGCAGUGUCUCGGGGCCUGGUGAAUGGCGCCCGAGGGGUGGUAGUCGGGUUCGAGGCCGAGGGGAGAGGGCUGCCCCAGGUGCGGUUCCUGUGUGGAGUCACUGAGGUCAUCCGUGCUGACCGCUGGACGGUGCAGGCUACGGGGGGCCAGCUCCUCAGCCGGCAGCAACUGCCCCUCCAGCUGGCCUGGGCGAUAUCCAUCCACAAGAGCCAGGGCAUGUCCCUGGACUGCGUGGAGAUCUCUCUGAGCCGUGUGUUUGCCAGCGGCCAGGCCUACGUGGCCCUUUCUCGGGCCCGCAGCUUGCAGGGCCUGCGUGUGCUGGACUUUGACCCUAUGGUAGUUCGCUGUGACCCCCGUGUCCUGAGCUUCUAUGCUACCCUGCGGCAGGCCAGGGGCCUCAGCCUGGUAAGAGGAGUCACCCAAUGGUGGGCCAUGUGGCCGUGGGCAGCCUGGGAGCUGGGAUGGAGGGGAGGCCAAGGGACCCUGGGCUGGAGAUGGCAGAGCCUCCUCUGGCUCCAUUGCGGAGGGAGGGGCAAGAAGAAGGAGAUGCUGGUCCCCAGGCUGUGGCUCUGGCUCUGGGGGACAGCACAAGCCCAUGACUGGGUUUCUUUGGCUCUGGUCCAGGGGUCCCCAAAUGACAGUGAGGCAGCCUCAGACCAGGAGAACGUGGACCCAAACCUCUGAUCUGCAAAGAGAAGACAAAGGAUGGUCUUCACUCCUCCUGCUCCCUAGUGGGCUGGCCCCAGGGUGCACCUGGGGGAGGGUAGUCAGUGUCCCUGUCUCCCUUCAUCAGGGGCUCUCAGCCUUCUGGCAGAGCUCAGGGGAGAGUGCUUCCCACCCAUUUGCCAGCUGUGCCUCAGUUUCUCCUCUUGCCCUGGGGGAGAUGCUUCCAGGGUCAGGAGUUGGGAAUGGGCCUGUGGUGGGGGCUGGCGUUCUAGGACAGAGCUUUCUGCGAGGUGUCUGCCUCGGGGCCACACGCUUGUGAAUGGCGCUCCCUUUGGGCUGCAGAGGGGAGAGGUGGUGAAACAAGUGCUCCAAGAGCAGGGACAGACGGGCGGGGUCCCGGCGGAGGACGCAGGCAGAGUACAGGCCCCAAGCAGAGACGGGAACCUGGGGGCAUCUUCACAGCUAGACCCAGCCCAGCACAAGUCAGGACGAACCCCCUCCAGACCCCAACCUGAGAACACGCACUGCCUCUACCUGAGGCUGCUCUUUUGGGGAAGAAAUCAUGUGUCAGGGUAUUGAAAUAGAUGCUCUCAGACUGUAUUUAUUUAGGACAAAUAAACUCAUGAAUUGUGUGAGGACUGCGAGCUGAGUCUUCUGCUCUCUAAGAACCCCUGCCUGGGGCACUGGCUGACCCUUUCCAGGGAGGCUCCUGUCCCUACCCACAUG